GUCUGGCAGGAGGGUCCCUUCAGCGGUGCCCUGUGCUUCGCCCGCGCCAAUGAAGUGCUGUUGUCGGUGAGCAACAAGGUCCGAGUGAUCGACGUCACGAGCCACAAGCACUUGAUCAGCCUGCUAGGGCACAAGGCGGAUGUGUCGUUCGCAGCCGCGAAUGAACAGAAUGCCCUUACCUUCAGCAGCGAUCGACUGAUGCUCUGGCAAAUCUCCGACUGGUCCCUGCUGCGGCAGAUCGAGAGCGGCCCAGAGGCGCAGCUCAUCGCAGCAGCCUUGGCGACGUCGCAGGUGGGCGCCCUCUACCGCGGUCACGCUGGACCUCAGCGUGGACGCCUCAGCUGGUCCCUGUGGUGCGGCUCCUCGCCGCUGGCGGAGGGGGUGGUGCCCAGGUUGGAUGGCGUUGCGGUCAUGUGCUUGUCGCAGUUGGCCAUCGGCGAUGGCUUCGUGGGCAUGGUGGCGAAGAAAAAGAAGUCGAAGACUCACGAAGUGCUCGUUUGGAAGGUCCCCAGCAUCCCCUACGGCGCCAGCGACGCGUUGACGGUGCCCUGGCGGCUUCAGAUGCCGCGGCUGCAGCAGAUCUUGGCGGCGCGGCGGCAGCUGCUGCUGGCGACGCGGGAGGAGGUGCUGCUCCUGGAGGUGCCCAGUGGCCAGCUGCGACAUGUCCCCUGGCCAGGCUUAUCUACGCUGGAUGUGGCUGUCUCUGGAGUGGCUGUGGGCUUAGCAGGGACUGCGAUGACUUUUUCGGUGAAACAGCUGCAGCCACGCAAGUCCUCCAGAUCCCACAGUCGUCGCAGCGGGCAAGGGCCGAAGCAGCCCUUGCGGACCUUGCCUCGCUCGAAGUCUGCAGAGGCCGUCCCCCCCACGGAGCCCGCGUCGUUCCCCGCGUCGUCUGCGGCGCUUGCCGAGUUCCUCCGGCGCUUCGGUGGCUUCGGCCGCGGGCAGCGGCCACGCUGCUGGCAGCAGCUGCUGGGGCUGCCCGGGAAUCGGACGGCCGGCAGCGAUGGAGCGGCCUGGCGGAUGGGGCGAUUUCUAACAGAUGUGAGUCCAACUGGCAAAGACAGGCUGGACAACCAGGAACUACCCGCAGAGAGGCUACGUCCGCGAGAACGACUGGCGCAGAGACUCAUCAGCUGGCGACCGGACUUGGAGAAGGAGGCAGGUCUCGAAGCUGUGAGCCAACUGGCCAGUGGCGUCUUCGAAGACCACGAGGUCUUGGGCUUUGAAUUGGGAGCCAAGCUGUGGAGCAACUGGUUGCAGCCACUGGCCAGGGCAGCGACGCGUCGAAGAAAGCUGCUGAGUUGGGCGGAGCAACAGCUUCGGCAGAGGGAUUUGGAACUCAGCAUCUACCUCGAAGUUGUCGUCAAGCACCAAACACCGGCAGACGGUGCCACGCUGGGCAGCCGCAUUUUGUGGCCCAUGCUGCGGUCUUUCUUGCUGCGCUGCUUGCCGCGCUCGGUGUGCAUGGUGCUUUGGGAUCAUUUGAUUCUCAGUUGGCGCGAGCCCUGGCACCUGCUGCUGGCCGCCUUAAGCAUUUUGCGCUGCAAGCGCCAGCUGCUGCUCCAUCUAUCGCCGUCGCAGAGCGGCGACAAGGCAGUGAAACUCAUCAUGAGCGCCACCGAAACGGACCCAGCUGAGCUGCUCAAGAAUUUCCACGCCCUGAGAAACGACAUCCGCGAUCUUCGCGACACCCGCGAGGUGAAAGAGCUCUGGAACCAGGACGUUGAGGACUUGGAGGUGGCUGAAAGCGAGGUCAUAGAACAGGAGUGCGUCCUUGAAGGCAAGGAGAAGGAGACGCAAACCGAGGAAAUGUGCCUCGAGGCUGAGGACUUCGCGCGCCUCUUCUCCGACCUCAGUGUGCCGCCGCAACAUGCGCCGGCGAUGCGGCAGGACGCCGCGGCGGAGACGCUGGAGGCGGAUCUCGUUACGGAAGCAGAGAAGAACGAAUUCUUGAGAUUUCGCGCUGCUAUACACGCUUCAGGUGAUGCCUCUGACCAGAGCACGGUACUCCCCAGUGCUGGGCCCACGGUGCUGGAGACCGAGAUUAAGGCCGGCUUGGCGCGGUUGGACACAUCGCUGGAUUCGACCACCAUGGACUUCCCAGACUUCUCAGACAGUGGCAUGGAGGUUUGUACAUAG